CCAAUGCAAUCAUUGCUAAGCCUUGUGCCAAUGCAUUCGAGAAGCACGCUGCCCCAUCAGGAAGGUGUCGGAAGCAGCGGGUGAAUCGUGCAAUACUCAAUGCAGAUACUACUCCAUGCCGAUGUACGAAUUCACUCCCCAUCCUCAACCAGGCCUUGCCGUCGAUGAGACACAGCCUACAGCAGAUCGGGUUUCUGUAAUCUGCCUCCAUGAUCCACAAGGUAUAGAACUGCAUCUCAAACAGGUACUCGCACUUGGGAUCCACAUUCGAAUCUGCUUUCCAAAUUGCGCCGUCGGUCCUAUUAGAGGAAACCAAUGUCUACUGUUUAAUUGCAGUGUCUGUGGGUCGUCAGCGGAUUGUGCAAGUGGUACUCGUCUCCAAGCUGGUCGAAAGCAAUCCAUUGCCUGGCUUGGGGCACAAAUAGGACAUUCUAGGUAUUUUCCGGCUGCAGCUCGCACCAUUGUUGCCUGUGUCGCCCGCAUUCGCCGAGCAAAAACAGCAACCAGAAACAUCAGCAGCAUGUCUGAUGCAAUGACCAUCCUUGCAUUGCAUGUUUCGCAUACGCUCAUCCACCCCGCUGCUCAAGCACCAACGGACACAGGUAUCAAUACAGCCACCCCAGUGACCAGUGACAUUCUGGAAAAGACAAGGGCAAUUGUGAAUUUUUGCAGCAAUGCGUGUCACUUUGCGGAUAUGGUGUUGGUGGCGUGUGGCAUCUGAGGCAUGCGCGAAAGAUCCUGGUGAUGCAACGAUUUACUAUGCCCACAACCAAUCCCUCAGGCAUGCUGCUGAGGUGCCAUGAUCAAGCGGAGCAUGCUGCAUACCCAUGGGGUUAGAA